UGAUGUGGUUGGCGGGUCCCACUCUGUACUUCAGGACCGGAGCCAUCUCUGUCCAACAUUAUGCACACCUUUCUUUUUGUACCUUAUUUCCUAUUUGAUUUCAAGUAGUUUAAUCAUAAAAUAUAAUUUAUUCCCCCCACCUGGUUGAAUGUCACAAAAGAAAAAAAAUAAUGUUUUGUUAUUGUUCCCAAGCCCGCAUCGAGCCCACGUGACUGCUCCCACCGGAUGGGCCGAAUCUCGACUUUCUGGAGUCGAAAGCUCGACCGCUGAACAUCGCAACAUAGAGCCGCCGCCUGGGCACAUAGGGCAGGGAGAGAAGCUCCGAGACAUGCCUGGAGAGAAGCCCCGAGCCAUGCCGGGGCUCGUCGCAAUGCUGGUCGUCCUUGUGGCGGCCAGCGCCGCUCAGGAGGACGUCACGGACAACAUCCUCAACAGCCUGUCGCGAGCCGCAGCUUUCCUGGAGAGCGAGCACGAGAACAUCAACCUGGACGGGGUGGUCGGUUACCUCAUACUGCAGGCCGAGCUGAAGGAGGCCGUGCGGACGUGGCCCCACUCCGACCCCCUGAGCUGGGCCCAGCGGACCUCCACCGUGGCCCUGCUGCGGAGGCUGGACCAGAGCCUGGCCAAGGCCACGCUCGCCCUGCAGAGACACGACCCCAAGUACUACCGAGAGUUCGAGCCCCUGCUGGACUGGCGGUUCUGGAGGGUCCCCCAGGCCUGGGGCUCCACGGACCCCAGCCUGCGCUACGCGUCCAGCCAGCCCAGCGAGUGCUACGAUGAGCAGCUGAGCGACUCCUGCAUGACGCUCCUCUUGGGCACCUGGAAGCAGAAGGGGACUCCGUGCAUCGUGACCGAGUCGUGCAGAGACACCAUGACCAUGUUCGACUGCCCGCUCUACUCACUCUCUCACCAGCUGCUCUACUUCCUCAUCGCUUCCAUGAAGGGCUGCAGCAGCCUGCUGAAGGGAGACGUCCGGGAGUCCAGAGCCAACCUGACGGAGGCAGACUACCAGAAGAUCUUCUGCUCCAACAUGAUGAGCAGCAACCAGGAGGCCCUGAAGACCGGCCUCAACGCACACACCCAGGACAUCUUCAUCGAGAACAUCUUGCUGUGUGGUCUGGCCGGCUUCUCAGACUUCUACAAACCGGACUGGCUGCAGCACAUCCUCAGACUGCAGGACCCGACGUCCGGUUGCUUCGGGAGGGAUGAGCGGGCGAUGUCCCAGAUCAUGGGGGAGGAGCUUCUGGAGCAGCUGCGCCCCCCGCCCCCGCCCCCCAGGAGGGUGAAGCGGAGGGAGAAGACCCUGAGAGACGGGUGCUCCAGUCAUGUGACCGGGGUGGCGGUGAGUGCGCUGGGCGGCUACCUCAACUACCAGCUGACGGAGCAGGACAUCACCAAGAGACCGCUGGCCCCACCCUCCUCAUAAUGGCCCCGCCCCCCUCCUGACGGACCCGCCCCCUCCUGAUGGCCCCGCCCACCUCCUGAUGGACCCCCCCUCCUGAUGGCCCGCCCACCACCUGAUUAGCCAGCCCCGCCCACCUCCUGAUGGCCCCACCCCCCUCCUGGUGGCCCGCCCCCUCCUGAUGGCCCCACCCCCCUCCUGAUGGCCCCCGACCCCUCCUGGUGGCCCCGACCCCUCCUGGCCGUUAGUCUACAGAGGAUCUAUCUAGAGGAUGAAGAUGGCAGGAUGUGAGAAACGGGAGCAGACUGGACGGACGUAUCACAGACCACGAUUUAUUAUCUACACACCUGUUCAAUAAAAAUGAUGUUACCAUGGA